AUGAUAGAAUUAGAUUUCGUGUACGGAGGCAUCAUGCUCUGCCCUUCUCUCCGAGCAUUCUCUGCUUCUUCUUGCAAGAAACUAAAUCCCCCUCAGAUAGCGAUCUCAAAUAAUGGAAGUGUGCUUCCGAUGCAGAAGUUCUCAUUUGGUAGAUACUAUUGGGGAAAAUGUGAAGAGAUGGAUUGGAGAAGUGAGAGGAAGGAUUUGACAGAGACAUAUGCAUGGUCCUACAAAAGGAGAUACAAGACAGGUUACGUGUGGCAAGACUUGUUAGAUGAUGAUCUCAUUACUCCAAUCUCUGAUAAUGAAUACGUCCUUAAAGGAUCUCAAACACACCCUCCCUCUUUUGAAACUUUUAUAUUUGGUGAAAGGAAAGCUUCCAUAUUGGACAAGGAGAUUCACGUUCAAGUGCAUGAUACAGAAGGCAAACAGUUGAAGCAGAAGCAACCAUUGAUAUCGGAAGAACUUCAACUUGAAAGAUUUCCAUAUUUCAAACCAAAUUCUCUGGAUCAGGUACUAUCAGAAAUAAGCUCUGAUGGGUCCACAUUACCAGAUGAAAGUGAAUCCUGUAAAGUUGAACCAGACAAACUCGUGGACACAGGCAAACACAACCCAGAGACAUCAUUUUCAAUUUCAUUAUCAUCUUCUUCUUCAUCAUUAUCCCCCUUGAAAGGAAGUAAGAGAUUUUCAACAGGAGCUUCUGGUUUGUUUCGCAGCUUGAUCACCUGUGGAGCCUUAGAUCCAAACGACGACGUUGUGGUCAUGCUGAACCAAGCUCAUAAAACUGUUUCGAAGAACUCUAACACCCUCGAUGAUGGUAAUGUUAACGCACAAAUUCGCAAACAUAAUAGAUUUGGAGGAUCAGCUAGGAAUCUUGGAAGUUGUUGGAAUCCCCAGCAGGAGCAUGAUGAAGCCAGAAAAAGCUGUGAUGAGAAGAGCACAAACAAGAACAAGAAGAAGCUAGGCGAGUUUCUGAAUCAGAUUUCUCACAAACCAUUUGGAGGGUCAAUUUUCUCUAGAUGA